CUCUCCACAGCAGCGCGUCUCUCACCGCGCCUUGGAUGCCGUGUGACCAGCAGCAGUGAGCGGAGAAGCCGUCCAGCACAUCGCCGUCAAGAACACCAGCACCGCAAAAAAAAAAAAAUAUAUAUAUAUACAACCUAAACGAUGACAUUCUUACAGAAAAGACAGAAGCAAACAAUCAUUUGACAACUUCCGAGUCCGCACCUUGCCUUCGCUGCUUCUUGCUGUAAGCGCCCUGCUCCAACUCUCUUGCCCUCCCCCUCCCCCCCCCCCACUCCCACUCCCCAGCCGAUCGGCCCCUCCAGUCCAGCAGGACCAUGAUGCUCAGCAGCUCUGUGGAGGUGCCCAGCCCGGGUGGGUUAAGCGGCCUUAGCGGGCUGAGUGCGGCGGCCCGGAAUGUGGUGCGCUCCUCCAGCAUCUCAGGAGCCAUGUACAACCUGGAGAAGAGUCCCGGCAGCGGGGGCCCGGACUCCUCGUCACUGAGCGGCAACAAGAAGCGGCGCUCAAGUCUUGGUGCCAAGAUGGUGGCCAUUGUUGGGUUGUCGCAGUGGAGCAAGAGCACACAGCAGCUCAACCAGCAAGACGGUGGGACGAAGAAGCUCCGCAGCACCAUCCGGAGGAGCACGGAGACGGGCAUCGCCGUGGAGAUGAGGAACCGGGUGACACGGCAAGGCAGCAAGGACUCGACCGACGGCAGCACCAACUCGAACAGCUCUGAUGGAACGUUUGUCUUCCCUACCACACGCCUCGGGCCUGAAAGCCAGUUCAGCGACUUCCUGGACGGACUAGGCCCUGCUCAGAUCGUAGGCCGGCAAACACUAGCUACACCAUCCAUGGGGGAUGUCCAUGUGGGCAUGGUGGACAGAGGAGGCCAGCUGGAGGUAGAGGUCAACCAGGCUAGAGGAUUGACCCCCAAACCGGGCUCUAAGAACAUACCAGCGACCUACGUGAAGGUGUAUGUGCUGGAGAACGGUGUGUGCUUGGCCAAGAAGAAAACCAAAGUAGUAAAGAAGAACCUGGACCCCACCUACCAGCAGGCUCUGUUGUUUGAUGAGAGUCCUCAGGGCAAAGUCCUACAGGUUAUAGUGUGGGGGGAUUACGGGCGUAUGGACCACAAGUGCUUCAUGGGAAUGGCCCAGAUCCUUCUGGAGGACUUGGACCUGUCUGCCACGAUCAGCGGCUGGUACAAGCUGUUCCCUACCUCCUCUCUGGCAGACCCCAGCAUCGGACCCCUCACCAGACGCCUCUCCCAGUCCUCCCUGGAGAGCGCCACCAGCCCCUCGUGCACCUAGACACCCAGUAGACACCCGCAAAAUAGGGGGCACAGGCAGAGUCAUGCAGACAUGGACACACGUACUGUAUAUACACAACGACUGUAUUUGAAGUGCAGGACAGGUAGACAUACACACACAUACCCAUCUGUACAAGAUGACACAUUUUUAAAAUGUUUUCCUUGGACAUUACACACACACACACACAUUCUCACUCACAAAUCAGUGUUUUCAGUUUAGAGUUAAUCAAACUUGACGUAGACAUAACUUAACUGAACAUGUAGCAUUUUUCACCCUCUCAUGUCAACAUUUCCUGCCACGAUACAGCGAUCCACAGGGUGCCGUACUCUGCAUUCAAAAGGCACCAGAUUCCCAUCACAUGACUCAUCGCAGGGCCAUUCUGAUGCCAGUUUCUUAACUCUCUAUGCCAAACUAAGAAAAAAGACCUACUUUAUUUUUAAAAACCAAAGCAAUUGUUCAUGUUGUUAUUCUAAGCAUAUGUAGUAGUUGAAGUAGUAUACAUUAUAAAGUAUGGAUAUGUAGCAGAGUCAAUGACUUAGAUGUAAUGCAAAAAAAAAGAAGAUACAUUCUACACACAUGAGCUGAGAGCGGCGGGACGAACACACACACACACACACAUACCUGGGCAACAGGCCUGGAUAUUCACAUAAUGGCUAUUAUGUGAGGUAGCAACACUGCUAUUCUAUAAUUUCCACAGGGCAGAGUUUAUAUAUAUAAAUAUACAUGAAUAUAUAUAAAUAGAUAGUUCCAAACUUAUUUGUGUUUAUGUAUGUAUCGGCUGCAUUCUGCAUGUUUACUUGCAACCCUUGUUGAGACAUUUUCAAGUGCUUGAAUCUUACUUUUUGAUUUAGCUUGCCUUGACUGAAGUAAACAGGAGAGUAGUGCCACUUUAUUUGAGAGAGAGAGAGAAGAGCACUGACUGCAGUUAGGGAGAAGGAUGAGGAUUUAGUGACGCUAUCAUCGCCUUGUGCAAAAUAAAGGGAAGCAAAUGAUUCAGUUGGCCGACAGUCAACACAUCUCUGAUCCUGUUUUCAUCAUUAGAUCAUAAAGGAGUGUUUCAUUACACAAAGGGAGUCUGGGAAAUGUAUCCAGUUAGUCAGUCUGGGGAUAUUUUUUUCCCCCCCACAUCCAGGGGGUGCAACAUUCUCACUUUCUCUCUCUCUCUUUGUAUACCAGCAUCUAGACUUGUUUGACUGUCCCAGUUGUUUUCCAAGUUUGAUUUUUUUUUUCUUCCUAACUGAUUCAUCUCAUCGGUUCAGAUCACAGACAAACAGAACUACAACCUUAGUGCUCCUACUUCUUUUUCUCCUCACACUGACUUACAGUCAGUCUCCUGUUGUAGAAGGGGAAACACGUAUUUGUUUCCAGAUGUUCUGACUAUUAACACCAUUUGUUACUUUGCUAGCAGGUUACAUUGUUAACCUGCCGUGUUGUAUUUUAAGUGCAAUAUGUCAUGCUUCAUGUUACCUGUCAGGCAGUUUCUUAAGAUUGCACUUUAAUGUAAAAUAAUGUGUGUAAUUAUUCCAAACAAGCAGUGGUUGACCACCUGUCGAUUGAUUGAUUUCUACUUGUAUCGGUCGCACUGCAGUGCACCUCUGGUUCCUUUUAUUGAAUGCCAGCAUGGAAAUGUAACUUGAGUGUAUUAUUUUUUUUUUAUUUCACUGUGGAGUUCCACUUAGACAGCUGAAAAAGGGUCAGUUUUGCAAACGAUUAUAAACUUUAAUAUGAGCAUGGGGGAAAAUUUCAAUUCCUUUUUAAUCCUUUUCAUCAUCACGUUAAUUUCUUCCUAAAAAUGAACGUAUUUAAGAAUAAUUUCACCUGUUCCAAAACAUUUUAAAAAUGACCUUUACAUAUGAGAGUUAUUUAUAAGAAAUAAGUCAACCAAAAAUAACCGUUUCUUCAAAAUCAUUUAUUGGCAUUUUAAAACACACAAAG